GUUGGCAGCACUGCAUGAGUGCUACACAGACAAAAACAAAACAAAGAAAAGAGUUGGUGGAGUUGUAAAGUUGCCCGAAGGGAGUUUGUGUUCAAUCCCACACUGUAUUCUUUCAUGGUAACUGACCUGCUCCCAAGAAAAAUUAGUGAGGAGGAUUUAAGUGUCCAAACGUUAUCUGCGGUGAUCCCUUCAUUUUGAAUAUUAUUCUAUUUCCCCGUUGCAAUUGAAGUACUUAGCUCAAGAUGCAGCGAGAAGAGAAGCAACUUGACAUGGCACUGGAUGCCAUUAUAAUGCGUGUCAAUGAUCUUAAACAGUCAAUCUCAAAUAUGAUUGUUAAAUUGGAACUAGAACACGAAACCCUCAAUUGGCCAACGUUUUUAGAUAACUUUGCCCUUAUGUCUGGACAGUUAACGGCACUUACAAAAGUCCUUACACAAGAUAAAUGUCCGGCCUUGAGAAACUUGGUGGUUCUUCCUAUUCAACUUAGUCAAGAAAGAGACCCAGAGCUACUUCGGAUCACAGAGCAAAGAGUUCCUCAAUUCUCUCAUGAUUUGGCUCCUGAUUACUUGCGUACAAAACUAGAACCUGACGUAGAGCAGAGAAUGCUGCAACUUGAAAUCAAAGCUGGAAACAUGACUUAUGAAAUGGCACAGAAACAGGUAUCAGCCUUCAAUAAAGUCAUGAACCAUGUUUGGGAUGUGGUGAGCAAAGCAAGAGAAGAGUGGGAAAGUGAAUCUGGUUCGCGAUCAGGCCCUCAACAAACUACAUCAAUAAGUGAUACUCAUCUUCUUGUGUCUGCCAUCAGUGCAGGAAAGAAUUUGAAGAUGCCUGUACCACAAGGGCAAGCAGGUCCUCCAGGCAUGAUGGGUCCGGGUGGGCGCCCAGGAGUGGGGCCACCAGGUGGUCCAAUGAUGAAUCCUGGUCAACAAAUGGGCCCCAUGGGUAAAGUGCCCAGUGGAAUCAAGACAAAUAUCAAAGCUGCUUCUCAGAUUCAUCCAUAUAACAGAUAGGAAUUCCCCUUCAAUUUUACUUAUUGCUUGUGAAAUUUGUUAGUUGUUUGUAUGUGAAGGGAAAAGGUUUAAUUAUUGUUCAUAAGGAAAUUAAAUUAGAUAGAAAAAAAAAAACGAGUAAGAUAUAUUACUUUAUUUAUUGUUGGGGACAAAUGCAUAAUUUGAAGCUAGUUCCUCAAUAAAUGCAGAAGAGCAGGUGAAAAUUUGGACUACACUAAUCACAAUGUGUAUUGAACCCUAAAUAUCCAGGACAAAAUUGAUUUAAUACAUACAUAAAAUAGUGUAAGAGAUACCUGUGGAAGAUUUAAUACUCAGGUACACCACCACACACCAACGGCUUUUGUUAAAAUUGAUAUAUAUAAGAGGUACAAAGGGUUGUGCCAUUGACCCAACUCAGAUCCAAAGAAUGGCCAAACAAUUCAAAAUAAAAAUCGACAAUCUUGUUAAAAUGCAAAGCAUGAAAAAUGCAAGUUUCACCAAGUUACAACUAUAUGGCAUGUUAGGUUUUUAACAAGAGUAUCAAUCUACUGAAUGAGCUAACAUCAGAAAAAAGACAAGACAGUUGGGCCAAACAGCUAUGAGAAAAUGUAUAAUGUCAGAUUUCAUGGUUCCACCU